UUUUCUCCAGGGUUCCGGUCCAGGUGAUGUAACCAGCAGCUGAGGAUCCAACAUGGAGGAGAAGUCAUCGGGACCCGGAACCGGGACAUCGGCUGAGAAGCUGCUGCUCCUCCGGCAACAGCAGCAGGAGCUCUGGAGGAAGAACGCGCCGCGGCUCCGGAGAAGGAACCUGAUCACCGGCCUGAGCAUCGGAGCCUUCGUGGUGGGGAUGUUCACGUACACCAUCCUGUCGGUGAAGCAGGAGAAGAUCGUGGAGGAGCUGGAUGAGGAGGCCAGGAUCCACAUCUACCGAGGACCUCGGACCAGUGCCAACUCCUGAGCUGCUGGGGAUCAGCACACGUGACGUCACAGCCACUGGGACACAACUUAUUUAACAAGGACGAACUUACUGUGUUUCUUUUCUGUUUGGAUUUCAUAAAAUUCACAAAUGAAAUCAACGGUUUGUGAACUUUGUUAUUUGUGUUGAUCGAUGUUCUGUCCACAUGUGGAAACACUGAAUCUGUACAGAUCCAGAUCAGGAGACAGUUUUACUCUGGUGCUGAUUUCAGUUGAGGGAUUUCUAAUUUAUUUAAUCUCAUAUGAGCCUACAAUCCAGUACAUGUACAAAGUAAAGAUAAUAAAUACUGAAUGUAUAUUAA